AUGGAAUCGAAUAAUGCCAUCAAACCGCCCGAACCAUUGAUUGUGAAGACAAACGGCAUGCCUGAAGCGUGGAAACUAUGGAUUCAACGAUACGAGUGGUAUUCCACAGCCGUUCAAAUGCAGAAAAAGCCUGAAAGUGUUCAAGCUGCGUCGCUAAUGGCUGCUAUGGGAGCGGACGCAGCUAUUGUCUACAACAGUUUUAACCUAACAGAGGAAGAAGCCACAAAUACAGCGACGAUAAAAGCAAGGUUUGCAGUUCAUUUUGCACCGACACCGUCACAACCGUAUGUACGUUUGCAGUUUAAUAAUUUACGUCAAACAGAAGGUGAGACAUUUGAUUCCUUCUUAACAAAAGCUCGUACACAAAUUAAUGAUUGUGGUUAUAAUCAAUUAGCAGAUGAAUUACUACGGGAUAAGAUAAUUUUCGGCGUACAGAGUAAAACAUUACAACAACGAUUAUUAGAAGAGGAUAAUCUCACAUUAGGACGCACCAUCAAUAUGUGCAGAGCAUGGGAGCGAGCGUCAAAGCAAGUUGAACAAGCAACAGCGAUGUCAAAGCAAGGAAGUGAAGCAGUAAAUGCAAUAAAAGUACACCAGGAGAAAAAUAAACAACAAGGGAAACAUAAGAAAUGCACACGCUGUGGAUGA